GCUGACUUUGACUUAUCAACUGGAGUUUUAGGCUGCUCUUAAGAACUCCACGUUUGUUGCUGUCGUUUAACCAUGCACUGCCUCAAAGCACUGCGACUGUCCGAACUUCUACAAGUUAUUUCCGAAAAUACAAAUACGAUGAGGAAUUUUCUCUCCAUACAUCCAGCAUGUUGUUUGGUCAGAAAUUCAACAACUACAUUUCAGCGACGAACUUACACCCACGCGGAUUAUUUCAAUAAAAUGAACAUGCAUUCCACAUCUCCCAGUUCUGGAGUGGAAAACAUGCUUUUCUACACCAUCACCAAAGGGAGAGACCAAGUGCCCAUUUCAUACUUUAAUGCUGCCCUGAAAAAAACUGGCCUUCAGCCCUCAGACCCUCGGCUCAGAGAGUGCAUGGAGAAGCUUCGAAGGGCUAUGACGGACUCUGUUGGUGAGGUGAUGAUGGACAAAGACCUUUUCCACAGAUGUGUCGGUGGCAACAUCGUUCUGCUGAUCCAGGCCUUCCGAAAAAAAUUUGUCAUCCCUGAGUUUGAUGUGUUUGCAGAGAAAAUCAAUGAAAUCUACAAGACAGUACAAGAACAAAGUGAUGGGAAGGUUGCUGACUACAUCCCUCAACUGGCCAAGUUCAGUCCAGAAUUAUGGGGUGUUUCUUUAUGUACAGUUGAUGGGCAGAGGCACUCUGUUGGUGACACAAAGCAGCCCUUCUGUCUGCAGUCAUGUGUGAAGCCCUUGCAGUAUGCCAUCGCUGUCCAUGAAUCUGGAACAGAGAAGGUUCACAACUAUGUCGGCAUGGAGCCCAGCGGACUCAAGUUCAAUGUUCUUUCUCUUGAUGAGGAAGAUAAGCCUCACAACCCCAUGGUGAAUGCUGGAGCCAUUUUGAUAAGCUCUCUUAUCAAGCCUCUCUCAAAUAAGGCAGAAAAGUUUGACUAUGUUAUGGAGUUUGUGAAAAAGAUGGCCGGCCAAGAAUAUGUUGGAUUUAGCAAUGCCACGUUUCAGUCAGAAAAGGAAACUGGUGACAGAAAUUUUGCCAUUGGUUACUACAUGAAAGAGAAGAAGUGUUUUCCUCCAGGAGCUGAUAUGAUUGAUGCCCUCGAUUUUUACUUCCAGCUUUGUUCCAUUGAGGUGUCCUGUGAAUCAGGAAGUGUCAUGGCUGCUACUCUGGCUAAUGGAGGGAUCUGUCCAACCACAGGCGAGCGAGUCUUGAGUGCAGAGGCGGUGAGAAACACGUUGAGCCUCAUGCACUCCUGUGGCAUGUACGACUUCUCUGGCCAGAUGGCUUUUCAUGUGGGCUUACCGGUAAAAUCCGGAGUGUCUGGUGCUAUACUCCUGGUGAUCCCUAAUGUAAUGGGAGUGAUGUGUUGGUCCCCACCUUUGGACAGAGUUGGGAACAGUGUUCGGGGAAUACACUUCUGUCAGGAGCUGGUUUCACAGUUCAAUUUUCACAAUUACGACAACCUGAGGCACUUUGUAAAGAAGAAAGACCCCCGCCAGCAGGAUGGAGAUGAAAGGAACAAGUCUGUUUUCAACUUAAUGUUUGCUGCCUUCAGUGGGGAUGUGUCAGCACUGAGAAGAUUUGCCCUUUCAACUGUGGACAUGGAUCUGAAAGACUACGACUCCAGAACAGCGCUACACAUUGCUGCAGCAGAGGGUCACGUAGAUGUUGUAAAGUUCCUCAUUGAUACCUGCAAAGUUGAUCCAUUUGUUCAAGACAGGUGGGGGAACCUUCCAGUUGAUGACGCCAUGCAGUUUGGACAUGAAGAAGUUGUGAAGAUGCUAAGAGAAUACCAGCAAGACUGGAAACAGCCGGAAAUGCAACAUGGUGAGGCUGAACAUCCCCGGAAACUGGAUACAAUCGAGGGCAUGGUGUAAUAGCUUUAAAGCAGAAUGGUAGCGUGCCAGCACAUUUGUGAAACCUAUGUGAACUUGUGGAAGCUCAUUGUUAAACUUGAACUAAGCACCAAAUCAAAAAAUCCUGACUAAAUAAAUGUAAUUGAACUAUCCAUACUUUAGCAAACAUAUCAAGGGUGUAAGCUAUUAUAUUUUACUUUGCCAAAAUGUGUCAAGUAAAAUAUUUAAGGAAAAUGUAAAAUUACCGUAAUACUGCUGCAAUAGUGUUAUUAUUGAUAACAGUUCCUUAUCAAUCCUCAUAGUGGUGUAUAGCAGUUUGCCUAUACACCACUAGUGGUUCAGUUUUCAGUUACCAGGUGGCUCUGUGGCAGCAUGAGACUAAACUUAAAAAGAUUUUGAUCAGGACUUUAUUUGCAUCGAGAGGGACCUCUUGUAAACAUCAGUUCCUGAAAGGUUAAAAGAAAGUGCAUAGCCAGCCUGCUGAACAGACAAUACAACAUCCAAAAAACAGGACUUAUUAAUGUAUUUGUUUAUUUUCUAUCAUUUUAUCAGUAAAAUGUGAGAGGAUUUUAGAGAAGCCUGAAUAACUGUUGGGGAAAAAACUAGGGCUGGCAAGCAGAAAUUUAAAGUACACUUAAGUCAUAAAAAUAGUUGGGGUCUGGAACUGUGUCAUCUCUGGGAAACGAGAUAACCUUACAGUCAGUAUUUGCUGCAUGUCGUGUAACUGUAUCCAAUACUGUAACAAAUGUUUGUAGAUGAGAUGCAUUUUAUCAGUAUAUUAAUUUGCUAAUUUGUCACGUCUCUCUCUUUUUUUAUUUUUUUUUUAUUUUUAGCUUUUUUGUGCUUGUCACUUGUAUUAUUAUAUACAAAGUGGUCUGAAAUUACUUAACAUCAAGGUUUUGCAGAGAUUUUGGUUCACUGCUAAUCCUUUCACAGAUUGCCUUUAAAAUAAAAUGAUUACUCUUAAA